AUGGAUCAAAGUCAUGACCCAAGCACACAAAAUGUAUUGCUAAGUCGUGUUGUUGGGAAAAAAAUUUCAUGGGACGAAGCUGUCAUUGCAGAGCAUGAUAAAGUUAGGGGUACUAGGGAAAAAAUCUCUGAACCUAACACUCCCUACCACCUCUCUACCUCAGAGCACUCCUCGGACAGUGAAAAUCUAGAUACCUCCAACUCCGAAUUUAGCGUGCAGUCUUACAUGGGUAGAGACAGUAUCGCAGAAAAAAAAAUCAUUCAACAAGUAUCCUCCAGGUUAAACCAAUUACAACAAUCGAACGACCCCUUGAAUGAGUGUCAGAGUGACUUCAGAUUUCAAGGAGAUGAAAAUUCCAGUCCUAAAUAUAACUACAACUUGAACUUUAAGGAGAGAAGGAAGAAGCACUACGACGAGUAUCACAGAUUGAAAAUUAGCAAUAUAAGUGACGAAGACUCAUGA